GGUGAAGCAUGGCCAUGGCAGACUGAGGGAAUUGUGUAAGAAUGAUUUGAAGCUGAACAAAAGUCAAGGUUUGAUAGAGGUGUAACUUCCCUCCUUGGUCCCCGCAUUCCAUUAGCCUGGAACUUUGCACCACCCGGCAGGCACCCCAAUGGCCGAGGGGCUGCGGCGACAAGUAGUGUCUGUGUACCGCCACAUCCUGCGUGCUGGCCGGCGGUGGGAGGCCCUGGAGCCGGCACACACCCAGGAGGAACGGCAGUACAUCCUAACGGAGGCGCAGGCACUGUUCCGAGCCAACCAGCACCUCACAGACCCUGCCGCCAUCAGGGAGCGUCUGGUGGAGGCUGAGUCACGGCUUGAGAUUGCCCUGCACUACCGGACACCCUACCCCCGCCCAGUAAACAUGCCGCCCCUCACCAUCACAAAGUCCUGGGGCAAGAGGAAUCUUCAGAAGCAAAAACGUGCUCGCCCUGUCUAUGUAAAGUCUCUGGACACUGAGCCAACUUAGAAUAUAUGCCAUCUUUGGUGUUUAUUAUUCUUUAUUUUGUCUGUGUGGAAGACUUCAAGCUGUAUGACCAAAGUAGUGAGAGUAUGAUUCUUUUCUUUUCUUUUAUGUAUUUUCCAGUAAAACAUUUUGAGGAUUCUGUGAAAAUUUAGUUAGGUAGUUUUCAGAUUUUUUUUUUUUUUGCCUCAUAUUUACAUCUUGAGUGUUUGUGUUCUCUGUUGUGGAUGGUUACAAAGAUUUCAUGUAUUGUUUCUGAUGUUCAUUUUGUAUUGCAGUGAAAGUGUGAGCAGGUGUGAGAGACGGGUAACAGGUGUAUAGUGAAGUGAGGACAAGUAUAAUGAAGGUGAGAGGCAAAUAAGAGUUGUACAGUAAAAAUGAGAGGCAGGCAGGUGACAAGUGCAUAGUUGUGAGGUGAGAGGCAGGUAAUAACAGGUGCUUAGGGAAGUGAAGGCAGGUGUAUAGUGGUGAGGCAUGAGGCAGGUAGGAGUUGGUAGUGGUAGUGUUACAUAUAGAAUGAUGUACAUAGAAGAGGUGUUAGGGAGGUAGAAGAUGGUAGUGGUGGUGUCACAUGUAGAAUGAUACAUGAAGAAAGAUAUGAGGCGGAUAGGUGGUGAUGUUAGUGGUGUCAUUGGUGUCAUGUAUAAAGUGAUGUAUAUAGAGGAAAGUCAGGUAGGUAGUCGUGAUAAUGUUAUGUAUAGAAUAAUGAGAAGUGCAUAUCUCUACACUGACCUCUAUGUACGAGUGACUGACGAGGAACUAGAGUGUAAAUAAAGAUGUACAUAUUUU